UUGAGCAUCGUUCACAGGGUUACCAGCUAAACCUUACAGUUAACGACCAUGACUUUUUUCAAGGACUGUGAAGGAAUUCAUCAAGAGGACUGCGAAGUUGACGUGGUUGGAGAGGAGGACUCAGACCAGCAUUUGGAUAAUGCUUCGGACCAAGACGCUUGCGGUGCCGACCAAGAGUCCUGCGUACUGGACACAUCCGGCGAGAGUGAGGGCGACCAAAGCACGGAGGCUCCCUCGCCUGGUAGACAGACGGGCGGUGCAAUCAAACCUCCCUACUCAUACAUCGCUCUCAUCACUAUGGCCAUUCUCCAAAGUCCGACGAAGAAGCUGACCCUCAGUGCAAUCUGUGACUUCAUCAGCAACAAGUUUCCGUAUUACAAGGAAAAGUUUCCUGCUUGGCAAAACUCAAUCAGACAUAAUUUGUCCCUCAACGACUGUUUCAUCAAGAUACCCAGGGAACCUGGAAAUCCGGGUAAGGGCAAUUAUUGGUCAUUGGAUCCAGCAUCACAGGACAUGUUUGACAACGGCAGCUUUCUUCGUCGGAGGAAAAGAUUUAAAAGGAACCUGCCGGAAUAUGUUAAGGACCGUAUUUUCUUCUAUCGAGAUCAUGAUUCUUAUCAUGGGAGACCUUAUUUUGUGCCUAACCAUUUUCCAAGACAGACAUGUCCCCUAGGAUACGUGCCUGCUCAUGAGAACGUCUUAUUCCCUUCUCCAUAUUUCCAUCAGAACAUCAGCAAUUGCAAACUGCCGGAACUAAACCAAUUUCAAGUGAAACAUUAUGUCAUCCCAACAGCGAAACUUCGACCUCAGUGCGAAAAAAAAAAGGGUGCCUUCAGCAUUGACCACAUCAUGGGCAGCACACCUGCGCCCUUGACAAACUGGGGGUUUCAGAACUCGCCCAUUUCCGUCUCUGCUGUUCCAACUGUUGCAUCCGCGCUGAGGACUUUCCACCCACCUUCCUUAAUAAGAGCGUUGCCGUUGUAAAUAUUUCUUGCAUAAAUUGUUGAUACUUUAAAAUAUGACCUGCUCUAAUGUUUACAGUGUAUGCUAUGAACGUUUGCCUCAGGCGAAUCAAACAGGCCAGGGCAAUUCUUGAGUUUUGAG